AUGGGUCUGACGGGUGCCCUGCUACUUAUCACAGGGUUGGUAUAUGCAGUGAUCGGCAUCAAGAACAAGUGGUACGUGCGACCCCCAUACACUGAUGACUACCUUCAAAGCACAUCGAACGUCUCUGUCAUGAUAAAUCACGACCUUAUGCUGGCAUUAGAAGAUGACUCUGUCACCAACACAUGCACUAACUUCGACCAGGAUCUAUUCUACCUGAUGAACCCUCCCGUCUCCGAUGGGGUCCAAGGCGCGUUCUUCGUCGCAGCCUUCUUCACUGGUCUUAUCUUCGGCGUCUUAUCCCUCGUCUUCUCAGACAUCACAGAAGGCUUCGGAUGCUUGCUGGGCGGGUUCUGUCUUAGCAUGUGGUUCCUAAGCCUCAAAAGCGGUGGUCUCAUCUCAUCUUCCACUGGACGUGCCAUCUUCAUUGGUUGCAUGAGUGCUGGUGGAUACUCUCUGUCCUUCAGCCAUUACACGCGCAACUACGGCUUGAUCGCAUCCAUCUCGUUUUCCGGCGCCACCGCCGCGAUCCUCGGAAUCGACUGCCUGGCACGCGCUGGAUUGAAGGAGUUUUGGUUGUACCUAUGGAGCCUGAACGACGAUAUCUUCCCACUGAACACGAACACGUACCCGUUGACGAAAAACAUCAAGGCCGAGCUAGCUGGCAUCGUCAUCAUCUCCGUCUUCGGAGUCGUUUCGCAACUACGCGUAUGGAACAUGGUCAAGGAGCGUCGAGAGAAGAGCGCACAGCAGGAGCUGGAGAAGCAGGAAGAAAACGACCGAGAAGAGGAGGCUCAAGGACGACUUGUCGAAGAUAAAUUCCAGAAGGAACGUGCGCAAUGGGAAGCUGCGUACGGCAAUAAGAGCAUUCCAGAUUCAAGCGUCAGAUCGUCCUCUAUCGCAAGUCCGAAAGCUUCGUCAAGCAUUCGAGAAAAAGAGGUAUAUGGCAAAGACAGCGUGGAGAUGGCCAGUCUGCCCAAGAGCGGGCCCGCCGCAGAAAGCACAACAGUUACUAUCAACGUUCUUCCGGACGACGACAUCCAACAACUAGACGCUCAAGGCAACCCAAUCACGUACCGAAGUCUUCCGAGAGGCCCCACUGCCACCAGCCCAGAGUUUACAGCACCUCCUACAAAGGAACGUUCUGUCACAAAGAGAACUAGUCUGCAGGCUGCAGUGCCUCCGCCCCCAGUUGUAGUUCCUCUACCGUUCAACAUACCUACCGAAAGCGAUGCCAGGAGUGAAGACGAGGAUAAUUCGUCAGUUUCGGCCGUGCCUGAGACUCACUAUGAGGCUGCAGCGGACCAGCGUCCCAUGUCAAAGCGAAUAUCUGAUAUGUCAGCAGCACGUGGAUUCUCAAUGCAUCGAGGAUCGCACGUCUUCUCAGAGUCGUCCGAAGCACUUGUUGACAACGAUGUUGAAGAUGAUCGUGCGUCUUCUAUCGCAGCCACGUUAGACGACCACAAUGACGGUGUGUCUGUCCGGCAUAUCUCUCCACCGCAAUCGCCCAUCGGUACUGAACACAACAUGCCAUCAGAGGAUGUUACAGAGAGCACAGACGCUCAAGCAGACGAUCUUGCCGACAAAAGACCAGCAUUUCGACAGUCUCUCACCACAAGCACGGAUCCCAGGUCGGAUGAAGAGCGAACAAAGCGCUCGUCUUUCCGCGACUCGCGAAUGCGGGCCGACACGCUCAUGGCCAGCAACAAGAGCGGCAGCGAGCAAAGUGCGCAGUCAAAGUCCUCGGACUCGGAUAUGCAGUCACAAACAGGGCACGCUGAGUCGCAGAUUGGCAGUCUCAAAGAUGCUCCUAUGCCAGCCAGAUUGUCCAAGGUUGCGUUGUCAUACCGUACAAACGAGUGGGCAAAGCAUCUAGAAGCCGCCGAGAAGCCAGACUUGGACGAGUUGCCAUCACCAGUGUUGCCUGGCGCGAUCUCGGAAGAAGUCUCAGAGGAGAGGGCUGUGCCAGUAAGCGACGAAAUCGCAGCUCCGCUCAUGGAAAGAGCUCCAUCGGUGAUUGCUUCUUCAGGCGUGUUGUCUCGCUCGAACUCAAGCGCUCGGAUUGAUGUCCUUGCCCCACUACCAAGCAACACGCUCCUGGGCCAGCGGGAGACGCUGAUGAGGAAGCGAACUUCUUCCCAGUCAAUCACACCAGGCUCAUCAGCAACGAACCUCCUGGAGCUGGCUGACCAGGAGAACAUGUCCCUAGCACAACGAAGGCAGAUGCUGCAGAACCACCAAUCAACAGCACCGACGCUGCAACACCAAAGCUCGAUUACUUCACCAAGACGAUCACCGCCGUCGACAUCGCAGAAGUGGCAGAACAAGUCGUGGGCUACCAAGGGUGCACCAACAGGCUUCGACUCGCACCAGCCGAAGCGUACAAGCAGCUCACAGUCGGACAAGAAGCGCGAGGAGCUAUACGCAGGAUGGAGAGACAACAUUCGAGACGUGACACCUCCGCAGACACAAGCGCACUUGAUUGAGCAGCAACGAGCAGCACUUUUGAACGAGAGGCGACAGAAGGAACUAGAGAAGCAGCAACGCGAAUCGAUACAGCAGCAACGUGCAUCUAUGCUGGAUAGCAUGAUGCGUAGCGGACACAUGAUGGACGCGCAUCGCGAGGCCAUGCGCAAGAUGCAGGCAAAUGCAGCGCGCAAUGCCUCAUGA